UGAACAACAACUUUGUUCCCAGGACAGCUACGUGGGGUGGGGACUAUGUCCCCCUUUUACAGAAAACUGGGUCUCUGGUGCUUUAUUACGCAAGAAGGGAAACUGGAACUGGACCCCACGCUCCCAGGCUUGGCGUUCCCAGGCUCAGCGCGCUGGAGAGAUUGAGGUCGCCUCCUUCCUAGUUCUAGUUCGGUCGCACCUCCUUUCGUGUGCCCCAAGUCCCUCCCAGGAGCGGCCUCUUUAAGAGGGGGCGUGAUCUCGCAAGAGGAGGAGGAGGCCGGAAGUUUACGUCAGUACCUGGAGGGAGACGCGCGCUCCAACCGGAAGCAGAAGUAGUUUCACUGGCGCAUGCCGCUGAAGGGGGCUAGUCUAGCCUCUAGGGAUGAUGGUCUCGAAGGCCAAGAAGCGCGUGGUGCUGCCCACUCGACCGGCACCCCCCACGAUGGAGCAGAUCCUCGAGGAUGUACGUGGAGCGCCCGCUGAGGACCCAGUCUUCACCGCCCUGGCCCCGGAAGACACCUCAGACCCCUCCUGGAGGGCUGAGAACCCUGAGGCCCAGUGGGACCAGCUCUACCAGCAGAGCCAGGCCUUCGUGGCCACCAAUCAGCGGCUGAAGCAGGCGAGUGAGGAGCUAAGACAGAGGUGUGAUGACCUUCGGCAGGCCAGCCAGGAACUGGAACAGGAUGUCAUCCAGGUGAAGCAAGUGGCACUGCCAGGGCCCUUGGCCACCUCCUCAGGCUGACGUGGCCCUCGGACUCACCUGAGCACACAGCUCCCAGACAGUGCGCCCCACAGCCUCCUGGAACUUUUGAUCCUGGCCUGGUACACCUCAGAUAUGGGCCUCCAGGUCCCAGAAGCAGAUUCUGGGCUCUUUGUUUUGUGGACAAGCCCUACCCUAGGACCCAGAGACCCCAGGGGACAGAGCCUGCCCUGUGUGUGGUUGCAGCAGGGACAGUGUGGAAUGAGGGGUGUACCUGCCUCAUCCGGCACAGGCCCAUUACCAAGGGUCAGGACAGGCUUUGCGAAUGCCUUUCACCCCCAGGCUUUUCUGGGCCUGAUUGCUGGCAGCCUGGUGCCCCUUGGUGUGGGGCAUCAGAACCCAUCUUCCCCUCUCUUCCUUUGGUGACCCUGCUUCACUGAUCACCGAUUAGACUGAGCUUGUCUCUGUGUGAACCUCUGUGGGGCCCCCAGAGGUUCCAGAAGACAAUGGGGGUUCUGUCCCUUCCUUUGCCCAUGGUGGUCUUGUCCAUGUAGGAACAAUUGCUCAGCAGGGCCCAGAUCUGAGAGGGGGCCUCCAGUGGCCCCAAGCACUCAGAUCUAAGGUGUGGGCUCUCCCCCAGGGUAGCACUUGCCCAUCUGGUUCAUGGUUGGGAUGCAGGACUGACCAAUAGACUAUGGGAUCCAUCAGAUGGGGGUGUUGGCCUGGGCUCCCAAGAUAGAAGCUGUUUGGUUACUUGCCUGAAGCUCUCAUCUGGCCACCUCCAUCCUAGCAGGCAAGGCCUAUCAUGGGUGUCCCCACCAAGUCCCUCAGAUGAAAUACCCCUGCCAUCAGCCAUCUGGCAGUGUCUCUGUGAGCUGCUCCUUUCCAGGGUUCCCCUGGAGCUUAGGGAAGCACCUGGACCCAACAGGGCAAGUCCUUGACAUGGGUGACCCAGCAUCCCAGGUAUUUUUCUUUCCCUUGAAAAAAGGGUGCCUACCGAAGGCCGAGAGAACCCUGAAAACGGAAAAUACUGGUUUGGCUCCAGUUAGGGCAGUGGACACGGAGGCUACAUUGUCCAGGGCCCCCAGCCCAUCUCCUAAUAUCGAAGGUGCCUGCUGCUCUGAACUGGGAGAUCACCCCUCCCUGCAUAUCCCUGGCCUUCAGGUGGGGCUACUUGAAUCUGAUUGUGGGGGCUCCUGAGCACACCUCCUCCUCCCUGGUAUCAGGCACCUACCUUCCCCUUCACAUCCACCUGUUUUGAGUGUUCUCCCUGCACAAAUCCCGCAGCCAGUCUGCCUCUAGCACAUCCACCCAGGGCAGGCAAUCUGAUGGAAAACCCACAAAGUACUCCAGUUCCACCCUGUCCUCUCCCAUUUGGAAAUGGGGCCAUGUAGAGCAAGAUUCAACAACUCCAUUUAUUAAAGGUGCACAUAAGA